AUGAGCGCCCUGCUGACCUCACGACAAGCUGAAGAGCUCCACAAGUCCCUUAUCGCCUACCUGCUAUCAACCGGCCACGCAAAUAGCGCGCAGGUAUUGCGCGACGACUUGAACCUCCCCGAAAGCGACUUCGACGCCGCGACUGCAAAGAAGUAUGAAGGACUCAUCGAGAAGAAAUGGACGAGCGUGGUUCGGUUGCAGAAGAAGAUUAUGGACCUGGAGGCCAAGUCGCAGCAGUUGCAGACUGAGCUAGAUAAUGCGACUCCAUCCUCACUAGCAGCGAGAAAGAACCACGACCCUACGACUUGGCUGCCUCGAGCACCGGCACGGCAUACCCUUCAGUCGCAUCGACAGCCUAUCACGUCGGUGGCCUUCCACCCGCUCUUCUCCAGCUUGGCCUCAGGCAGCGAGGAUUGCACAAUCAAGAUCUGGGAUUAUGAACUGGGCGAGCUAGAACGGACACUCAAAAGUCACACGAAAGCCGUGCUUGACGUUGACUUCGGCGGACCAAGAGGUAACACACUUUUGGCCAGCUGCAGCUCCGAUCUGACCAUUAAGCUUUGGGACCCGGCAGAGGAGUAUAAGAAUAUUCGGACACUGCCCGGACAUGACCACAGUGUCAGCUGUGUGCGCUUCAUACCGAGCGGCGCAGCUGGCGCACCUUUGAGUGGGAAUCUGCUAGCAAGCGCGAGUAGAGAUAAGAGCAUACGAAUAUGGGAUGUCACCACAGGAUACUGCUUGCGAACGUUACGAGGCCAUGGAGACUGGGUGCGGUCGCUUGCCCUGACAAUGGACGGCAGAUGGCUCGUGUCAACCUCAUCCGAUCAAUCAGCGCGAAUGUGGGACCUGUCGCAACCAGAUUCGAAUGCGCAAAAGCAGACAUUCAUGGCACACGAGCAUGUUGUCGAAUGCACGGCUUUCGCGCCACCAGCAGCGUAUCAACACCUAGCUUCGUUGGCAGGGCUGAAGAAGCCACCACCAGCCAGCAGCAGCAACGAGUACUUCGCCACUGGAGGAAGAGAUAAGCUGAUCAAGAUUCACGCCUCGAACGGUAUCUGCAUCAAGACAUUGACUGGCCAUGACAACUGGAUCCGGAGUCUGGUUUUUCAUCCCGGCGGCAAGUAUCUGCUGAGCUGCAGCGAUGAUAAAACACUAAGAUGUUGGGACUUGGCGCAAGAAGGAAAGUGCGUCAGAGUAGUAGAAGCUGCGGAUCACUUUGUGAGCUGUCUGAGAUGGGCGCCGAGCUUAUACAAAGAGCCCGCGGCUGACACCAACGGGAUCACCAACGGAACGAGCAAAGACGAUGCAGCGAAGGAACAGAUCCGGUGCUUGAUAGCGUGCGGAAGUGUGGACCUCAAUGUGAGGGUCUUCAGCGCCUAG